CCCCCUCCCCUGCCGCCCGCCCCGCGCGCCGCCCGCCCCGCGGCCCCGCUCGCCCUCGCGCGCUCGGAAGGGAGUCGCGAGACGUCGGAGCGGCGGCCACGUAGCGCUGCGGCGGCGGCGGCGGCGGCGGCCGAGGCCGGGCUUGCGGAGCGGCCCUGAGGACGGACGUUGGGCGGGGGGGAGGGGCCGGCCCGGCCGGCGGUUGUUACUCGAGCACCGCGGCUGCAGGGCCCCCGCCGCAGGAUGGACCGCCGAGGCGGCGGUCGGGGCGGCGGAGGCGGAGGCGGAGGCGGCCGGCCCCGAUAAGAUGCUCCAAGUCGCUUGCAGCUGAUCUUCAAAAGAAAAAUCACUGGCCCUGCUCUUGCCGUCAUACCAAACCUCUGACUUCGCUGCGGUGCUGCAUCACUGGGAGGACUGCUCGCAGGUUCCAGGAAUACCUUUUUUUCUUUUCUUUUUUCAUUUGAAUGCCUCUCUGUGGAUGGAAAGAGAUUUGAGUCUUGAUAAUUACGCUGUUUUAAAGCUGUUUCUUUAUAGUCUGAACUGCUUCAUAACUUGGGCCACUUACCGAUGAGCCACACAGCCGGCUCCUGUGCGGAGCUGGUUGAGAACUGUGCCGCGCAUGUGGCAGGGAUGGCACAGGAAGACGGCCGGCGUGCCCCAGAGCCAUCGACCUUCUAUCAUGGUGCCAACCAGGAACUCGACCUGUCCACCAAAGUGUACAAGAGGGAGUCGGGCAGCCCUUACUCCGUGCUAGUGGACACCAAGGCGAGCAAGCCGCAUCUCCACCAGGCGGAGGAGCAGCCGUAUUUCAGGGAGACAAGAGCCGGGUCGGACGCGCACGCCGUUAAGGAAGACCGCGAGAAUUCUGACGACAUGGAGGAGGAGGAGGAGGUCUCUUACAAAAGGGAGCAGAUCAUAGUGGAGGUAAACCUUAAUAAUCAAACAUUAAAUGUGUCUAAAGGGGAAAAGGGUGUCUCUUCUCAGUCCAAAGAGACUCCUGUUCUUAAGACAAGCAGCGAGGACGACGAGAGCGAGGAGGAGCCCACCGACAACAGCAGUGACUAUGGGGAGAACACGAGGCACAAGAAGAAGGAGAAGGCGGCGGAGAAGGCCUGCGUCGCACAGAGGAGGACGCGGAGAGCCGCCUCCGUGGCCGCCGCCGCCGCCUCCCCCGCGCCCAGAGCCACGCGCGGCCGCAGGAAGAGCGCAGAGCCCCCCAAGCGGAAGAAGCGGGCCGCCAAGGAGCCCAGAGCCCCCGUCCAGAAGGCCAAGUGCGAGGAGAAGGAGACUCUGACCUGUGAGAAGUGCCCCAGGGUGUUUAACACGCGCUGGUACCUGGAGAAGCACAUGAACGUGACUCACAGGCGCAUGCAGAUCUGUGAUAAGUGUGGCAAGAAGUUUGUCCUGGAAAGUGAGCUGUCCCUCCACCAGCAAACAGACUGUGAGAAAAACAUCCAGUGUGUUUCCUGUAACAAAUCAUUCAAGAAACUCUGGUCCCUUCACGAACAUAUCAAGAUCGUCCAUGGAUAUGCAGAAAAGAAAUUCUCCUGUGAAAUCUGCGAGAAGAAAUUCUACACCAUGGCCCAUGUGAGGAAACACAUGGUUGCGCACACGAAAGACAUGCCUUUUACAUGUGAAACCUGUGGGAAAUCGUUCAAACGCAGCAUGUCACUCAAGGUGCACUCCUUGCAGCAUUCUGGAGAGAAGCCCUUCAGAUGUGAGAACUGUGACGAGCGGUUCCAGUACAAGUACCAGCUGCGCUCGCACAUGAGCAUCCACAUCGGCCACAAGCAGUUCAUGUGCCAGUGGUGCGGCAAGGACUUCAACAUGAAGCAGUACUUCGACGAGCACAUGAAGACGCACACUGGAGAGAAGCCCUUCAUCUGUGAAAUCUGUGGCAAGAGCUUCACCAGCCGCCCCAACAUGAAGCGGCACCGCAGGACUCACACCGGCGAGAAGCCCUACCCGUGCGACGUGUGCGGCCAGCGCUUCCGCUUCUCCAACAUGCUCAAGGCGCACAAGGAGAAGUGCUUCCGGGUCACCAGCCCCGUGACCGUGCCGCCGGCGCAGGUGCCCCUGCCGGCCGCCCCUGCCGCCCCCGCGCCCUCCGCGGUGACCUCGCCCGCCGCCCCGGCCCCCGCCCUCACCAUGAACCCCGCCGGCACGCUGCCCCCGCGGCCCGUCCCGCACCCCUUCUCCCACCUGCACCUGCACCCGCACCCCCACCACCCGCACCACCUGCCCAUCCCGCCCGUCCCGCACCUGCCCCCGCCCCCCGCGCUCUUCAAGAGCGAGCCCCUGAACCACCGCGGCCCGGGCCAGGGCGAGGACACCUUCCUGCGGCACCUGGCCGACAAGAACGGCGCGGCCCCGCACCACUAACCGCCUCCGGCUGUUUGUCUCCGGGGUGCGCUCCGCCUCCGGGGUGUUCAUCUCCGGGGUGCGCUCCGUCUCCGGGGUGUCCAUC